CUCCGAUAACCAGCCGUUCAUCCAUUCAUCCCACUUGGCUGUCCCUCACCUCGACUCCACGUCUCACGUCUCCCCCGGUUGUUCUUCACCACCCUGUUUUCAGGCCAACUUGAACAGCAACCCUGGGCUCUACCCUGAUAUCUGAGAUAGGAUCUCUCCCCACGACUCCCCCCCUGUGGAGCACCACGGAUUUUCCCACGUUCAAUCGGCGGCGGGGCUUCAUCAUGGCGGACCGGCAGGCAGUACAGCACAACCUAAACAGUCUCCUGUCCAAGUUGGGGGACCCGGACCCGGACAUGAGAUAUAUGUCCUUGAAUGAUCUUCUCGGCAUACUGAACAGUCCGCACUCUACAUAUCUGGCACACGACCAAAUUUCCUCAUCGAGGCUGGCGGAGGGGUUGCUCAAGGCCCUCGACGACCAGCACGGCGAUGUGCAAAACCAAGCGCUGAAAUGUCUCGGCCCCCUGGUCCUUCGACUGCCCUCCGACAGCCUCACAUCGCUUCUGGAGAAGCUCACCAACCUGACAGCCUCCCAGACCAUCGAUACCUCGGUCCCAAAUACCGCCCUCAGAUACAUCGUCACGGCUCUUCCACGCCCUCAAGCUGGACAACCCCCCAACGACGAGGCAAAGGCCUCUUAUAACGCCGUCUCCCGGGUGCUCAUUCCUCGUCUGACGGGCCCCACUCCAUCCCCAACCAGCAGGAGAGGCUCGAUCGUGAAGGGCAUGCUGGAAAAGGACUCAUCGAAGGGCUUCAGCAGUGAUGCGAUCGACGUCUUGAUCCAGGUGGUCACCUGCUUUGGACCUCUUCUGAAAGAGGCAGAAUUGACCGCCCUGCAAAACUCCGUCAUGUCCAUUAUCGAUAACGACACGGCUGGCACCGUCGUUACGAAGAGAGCUCUGGCGGCUAUCUCGGCUCUCGUUCUCCAUUUCUCGGAUGCCCAGCUGAGUGCGUUUGUCAAUGGCCUCGUGAAGCGAUUCAAGGCUCCCCAGCUCACUACCGUCCAUCGUCGUCACUUGAUUGCCACGGUUGGCAGUGUAGCGAAAAGUGCUCCGGUCAAGUUUGGCCCUCAUCUUCCUUCCCUGGCCCCGUUCGUGUUCUCCACCGUCGGGGAAGAGAACCUAGCACAAGUGAGUCGAUGAGCGCACACACUCUGCGUUCUUUUCUCAGCCCGGUCAUCUUCUGACUUGUGCAGUAGCCAACCCGGGUUUCGACUUCGCAUUCCGUGCGCUCAGUCGCGUAAGGGGCAUUCUUCUCUGGUUUCUUUCCUGCAAGAUGUGCUCUUUAGAAUGGCGGCUUCCCAUGUAAUAUAGGAUCUCGCAUCGAAGACUUGAU